AUGAGAAGGGACGCGGAGGUACUCGUCCGCCUAGUGCACGGCGACUGGCUGUCGCCGGGGAUGGCGCAAUGGAUGGCGAUUUAUCUCCGCCUGAAGGAAAAUGAGGUGCGGGGGGUCGCCCCGUCGGUGGACGAUCUCGCGGCCCUAGACAUCGCCAGACGGGGGAUGAUCACCCUCCCCCCUGUCGACAUGGAAACUCCCUGGAGGCAGGUGAUUUCCUCCCUCCUGAAACGGGCAAGGAGCCCCACGGGCGACGCUCCUGAAACGCCGAAGAAGCCCCGGGCCCUCGACAUGCGGGAGGGUGAGGAGGAGUCCUGCUCGACAGCCGAACCCUCAUCGUCCGGGUCGACAACGGACCUGACAGGAGCCGGCGCCCGCGACCGACCACUGAAACGCGCCGCGACGAUGGCGUCGGUCCGCGGCUCGGAGGCCGCCGCCGCCGCCGCCGCCGCCGCUGACGCCGCCGCCAUGAAGCCUCCGCCGGCCGGGAAGUCCGCGAUCCCGAGGUGGCAAUCCCGGGACCCGCGCCGCGCACCGGCGGGGGCGGCAUCCAGUCGAGCGCCCGCCCAGGCGUCCGCCCAGACUCCCGCCCUUGCGCCUGCCCAGACGUCCACCCAUCCGCACACUCAAGCGGCCGCCCAUGCAGCUGACCGCCCGCCCGCCCAAGAAUCUGCCCGCCCGCCCAGCCAAGCGCCCGCCCUGGCGGCCGCCCGCCCGCCCAACCAGGCGCCCGCCCUAGCGAAAGCAGGCGCCCGCCCUAGCGGCCGCCCGCCCGCCCAACCAGGCGCCCGCCCUAGCGGCCGCCCGCCCGCCCAGCCAGGCGCCCGCCCAAGCGGCCGCCCGCCCGCCCGCCCAGACGUCCGCCCAGACGCCCGCCCAAGCGCCCGCCCAAGCACCCGCCCAACGCGCGCCGCCCUCGCUGGCCGCUCCCGCGGUAUCAUUCGCCCGGGUAGCGGCUAG